AUGGCCCCUCACACCUACCAGUUCGAUGUCACCAUGACCUGCGGCGGCUGCUCUGGCGCCAUUGACCGUGUCCUCAAGAAGCUCGACGGCGUCGAUAGCUACGAGGUUUCUCUUGAGAAGCAGACCGCAAUUGUCAACACCGACCUGCCCUACGAGACCGUCUUGGAGAAGAUCUACAAGACCGGCAAGAAGAUCAACUCUGCCACUGCCGACGGCGUCCCUCAGUCCGUCGAGGUUACUGCUUCUGCGUAA